AUGCCCCCGAAAGCACGUACUCCUCGCGGCAAGGCCGCCGCCGCGGUUGAAGAAGCGCCUGUCGCAUUGCCAAUGAAGCGAGGUCGCGCCGCCAAAGCUGCUGUCGUCGAUGCUGUCGACGUCGUCGCCGAACCCCCGAAGAAGCGCGGUCGCCCUGCGAAAGCACAAGCUGAAGAGCCCGUCGAAGCAGCGCCGGAGCCCGUCGUCGAAGAGGCAGCAGUAGUAGCAGUCAAGAAGGGCAGAGGAAGGCCUAAGAAGGACACCGUUGUACAGGAAGAAGACGCGCCGGUCAAGAGUCGUGGUCGCCCCAAGAAAGAGGCUGUUGCAGAGCAAGCUCCAGCUACCCCCAAGCGUGGCCGUCCAGCGCGCGCUGCAGUCGACCUUCACCGCGUCGCUGGCUCCCCUCGCAUCGGCAAGAGGUCGUCUCCUCGCAACACCAACAAGGUCAAGUCUGUCAAGCCGGAGCCCCUCGCUCGCCGCCUCGAUCCUCGCAUGCAAUCCAAACUGCGUACACGACUCCCGCCCAAGAAGAGCGAGCCAGCUCCUCAGCCAGCUCCAAAGCCAACCUCCAGACGUGGACGACCGCCCAAGGCCGCUGCCGCUGUCGCUUUUAUUGCUCCAAAGCAAGUCACAAAGCCGUCAAAGCUCCUCGCCCCUCGCAAGAUGCGCGGCCACACCGUACGCCAGAUCCCCGACCGAUACGUCGCUCAGAUCGACCAAUACCUCCACGACCUCAUCGAAGCGGACGAGUCUUCUGCCGCAGAGGAGCAAGAGGACGGCGUAGUCGUUGAAGUUGAAGAUGCCCAGGAUGCGCUUGUGUCUUCGGAGCAAGAUCGUGAUCAAUACCAAGAGGACAGCGAUGCCGGUAUCGACAUGAACGGUCAACAAGACCUCGUUGAAGACGAGGAAGACAUGCAGGCUGUUGCCGCGCUGCAGCAGCAGGAGCGAGACGAGUACGCCGAAGACUCCCCUGAGGAGGCAAACGACGACGAGUUCCCCGAAGAGCUCCCCGAGAACGACGAGCCUCAGUACCCAGAGGAGGGCGAGAACGACGAGAACAUCGAGCCGGUACACGAGGACGUUGAGAUGAGCAUGCACGAUGUCGAGAUGGAGGCGGACGCGGAUGGCAACACCCUUCUCACUACCAUCGACACCGACAUUGUGGUCCGCGACGAUAGCCCUCCCCUUGAUGUUGAAGACGAUGUUGAAGAGGAGGAUGGUCUUCUCAACCCGACUCCCCCCAGGCCUUCCGCGGCUGCUGCUAUCUUCAGCUAG